AUGGACAAUUCUGAGAAAGCAAGCUUCCAAGCUGGCCAGGCAAAAGGCCAGGCUCAGGAAAAGUCUAGCCAAAUGUUAGAAAAAGCCAAGGACAGCGCCCAAUCUGCAAAGGAAAGCCUGCAAGAGGCUGGUCAGCAAGCCCAGGCCAAAGCUCAAGGUGCAUGUGAUGCAGUGAAGGAUUCUAUCAACAAAUAAAUAGAUCAAUUAAUUAACUAACUAAUUAAAUGAAAGCUGGCUUGGUUUGGCUUGGCUUGGCUGGAUGGUAUUCAAUAAGAGAUCUCUUUCUAGUUAAUUAUUAUAAAUAACACGAUCAGUUCAUGUAUUAUUCUCUAUCAGAAUUAAUUAAUUAAUUAAUUAAUGUAUAAGACCAUGCAGUAGCAGCAGCAGCAG